AAAUAAAUGUGUUAAAAUAAAUUAUUUUGUGUUGAAAUAGUGAUAAGAAUUUGAAUUGCACACAGUAUUACUUUAGUUAUCAAUAAGUAACAACAAUAACUAUGGCGAAACACCAAAAAGCAUUCAUUCUACUACUAGUUGCAUCAACGAUAUCCCUAGCAACAGCUGUACAUCACAAGGAAGAACAUCAUCCAAUAUUUAUAGACAACCCUGAGCCUUCCAAAGAAGCAAGCUUAGAUUUACCAAUUGUCCUUAUUCCAUCUGAUGACAUCAAGAAGAAGGAUGAUAAUAUUUUAGUGAAAAGUGAAGAAGUAAAUAUUGACAAGAAACUAAAACCAGCAGAACUGGUGUUUAAUAAAAAAUAUUUUGAUGACAACCCGUUAAUACCACCUUCACAUGAAGCUUUGGUACCCAAAGUUGUUUGUGAAGAAGGUAGUAAAGACUGUGAAAAACAUAAAAAGAAAGAUAAAAGAUCAGGAAGACACAGGAGACACCACAAACAUAGACGAUCUCGAAGGGCAAGUGGUGAUAAAAAAGACGACAAAAAAGUUGAAGACACUGAUAUAGACAAACCACAAUCUGAUGCUCCAUAUGAUUUGGUCACUGCUGAAUCUUACGCCAGUAACCCUUGUUUGUUACCAUAUACUCCUAGAUGUGGAGGCCCAAGUUACGAUAUUGUGAAUCCAUUUGAACGUCGAUAUAAUGGUAAUUUUUAUCAGUUACCACGUCAAUCACCAUCCAACUACUACUUACCAGUAGUACCACCUGUUAGCAUUGGUCGUUGGGUUCCAGAUACAUCCAUUCGUUACUUCCCUAUCAACAGAGUUUACUGGAAUCCUGGAUAUCCAUAUGAUAACAGGCCCUACCUACCACCUUUUAGACCAACCAAACGUCCAAAUACCAUUGAUCGACCUGGUGCAACAGAAAAGCCUGAUAUUGAAAUCGCUUCCCUGGACAAGUAG